UUAUCUUGCCUAUGGCUGUCUAAAAAAUUUUGCGAGACCUUUCGACGUGCGAGAAGAAAUUUUCUGCGAAAAUGUCUUUCUUGGCUACGCUUAACCGCGCUUUGUUCAAAAGAACAUCGACGUUCUUCCUGGCCGUCGCUGGCGGUACUUUCUUCUUCGAGCGAACGUUCGAUGUAGUAGCAGUUUCCAUCUUCGAGAGUAUAAACAAGGGAAAACUCUGGAAGGACAUUGAACACAAGUACAAGUAAUGAAACAAUACCUACAUCAAAUGGAUUAAUUUAUUAGCUAAUUUUGUUGAGAAUAAUGUGAUUUAAUUAAACAUAACUUAAAAAAUAAA